AUGGGAAUGAUUGAUGUCUCUCGGCAGAGGAGGUCGCUCCUUACGGACGCGACUGUGUUGGAAAUUUUGCCUGCAGAAAUACUGGCAAUCAUUCAAACAGACUCUUCGACUAAGCUGCUUGACGCUAUUGCUGAGGCAGCUCUUUGCCCACCACUUACAGAGCGUAUCUUUGCGCAUUUCGAGCAUGUCUUCCCAGACAUUUGUGCUCGAUGGAUUCUUAACCCCGGCAACGAACCUUCACAACACGUACGAAUAUACUCGGCACUUGCACGUAUAUUACCCUUUGCUCCCUACCUAUCCACCUUUAUCGAAUACGCCUCUUCCACCGCCGAACAGCCGACUAAUUCACCCUCUCUCCGACUUCCACCCUUGAAACUCGACCAGGAUGCCAUCACGCAGGAUGGAGAGGUCCUCUUACAGAGUCUCCUCGUUGCUUGGAGGCUGAUCAGUUUCGACUCGCGCAACUUCGGCCCUCUCACGUCGGCCGCUUUUAUGCAGACCCUGUUUAACCAUGAAAGUACAGCAGUUCGUUAUCUUGCGACCAGAAUCUUUAUCCAGCUUCUUCACGGAUCAGAUUGGAAGCUUGAGUCUCUAAUCCAAGAACACAUCGGCAAGAGCGAGGCUAUUCUAGCAGACUUCGACGGCAGAUCGAUUGAUUACGGGUUUCUGUCGCUGUACGAACAGUCUCGAGUGAAGUCCUUCCUUUCUUUGCGUCAGGAAGUACAAGCUGCCCAUGAAGCCGACAACAACGAAAAUCCUUGUUUACAGACCCUGACACCUUACGUCGUCGCCUAUGGAAAUGUUAUCCUCCCCAGACCCCUAGGCCCAACCGGAGAGCCUUCGAACCUCGUGCUCACACCUACGACCGUGUCUAACUUGGAGAGGCUUGCAACUAUGCUCCGCGAUCCCGACCCAGUUAUGUUGUAUGGACUUCCGGGAGUUGGCAAGACCGCCUUGGUACACGAAAUAGCUAAGCAACUUGGCAUGUACUCAAAUAUGGUCACGUUGCACCUCAACGAACAGACGGACGCGAAGAUGCUGAUUGGCUUGUACUCGACUGAUUCGAAACCUGGUUCUUUCCAGUGGCGCCCCGGUGUUUUGACCACAGCAGUGAGGGAAGGCCGAUGGGUUUUGGUGGAAGAUCUGGACCGAGCCCCCACGGAGGUUUUGAGCACCCUGCUCCCCCUGAUUGAGCGAAAGGAACUCCUCAUCCCAAGCCGAGGCGAGAGAAUACGCGCAGCAAGCACUUUCCGACUCUUCGCGACAGUACGGACAUCACGAGGGAUGAAUGGCAGGGAAAACCUGCCAAGUAUGGUUGGCAUCCGCUUCUGGCAGACUUUGAACACCCAGCCCCUUGCGGCCUCCGAGCUCGAAAACGUUGUGGUCCAAACGUACCCCAUCCUACGAAGGCUUGUCCCGGAUAUCCUUGCCGUAUAUGCCCGUCUGUCCCAGAUCGGGAACAAACCUGGUGCAUUGGCUCGGGGUAGGAACGUUAUGGAUCGCCAGAUGACGUUGCGGGACUUGCUGAAGUGGUGUCGUAGACUGCGAGAAUCUUUAAUCGCUUCAGGCUCAAAGACCGGCGAGGAAGCUAUCACCAAUACAACAGAAGAUCAGAUGUUCAUGGAAGCUGUUGAUUGUUUUGUUGGAAGCUGUCCUGAUGCUCAGAUCGGCAAAGACCUCGUCUUUGCCAUCGCGGAGGAGAUGCGCGUCCCGAAAGAACGAGUGGAAUAUUACCUAUCGACUCAUAUACCCCCUUUGCAGGAAAGCGACAAUCAGUUCAGCAUUGGCCGCGCUGUGUUGCGCAAGAAGAAGCAAUCGAACAGAGUACAGAAAUCAAAACGACCAUUCGCCAGCACAGCGCAUGCCAAAAAGCUAUUGGAACAGAUUGCCGUCGCCGUGAAGUUGAACGAGCCCGUCCUGCUUGUCGGAGAAACAGGUAUAGGCAAGACCACGGUGGUGCAACAGUUGGCCGAGUCUUUGGGCCAUAAGCUUAUCGCUGUAAACCUGUCCCAGCAAAGUGAGGUUGGUGAUCUUCUCGGUGGAUUCAAACCCGUCAACACUCGGACAUUAGCGAUGCCUCUCAAGGAAGAAUUUGAGGACCUUUUCUCUGCCACUGGCAUCUCAGCGUCCAAGAAUCAAAAAUAUCUUGAGCAGGUCGGUAAAUGCUUUGCUAAAGGCCAAUGGUCAAGGGUGUCAAAACUGUGGAAGGAAGCCCCCAAGAUGUUCAAUAAGAUUGUCACAGAGCUCGAACGAGUUCAGGCAGAGCAAGCAGAGACUCGAAAUGGAGAUGAACAGCCUAUGAAACGUCGAAAGACUCAGUCCAAGCUGCAAACCCUCCUUGAUCUACGUCCAAGAUGGGAUAUGUUUGCCCGGAAUCUCGAGCAAUUCGACGUCCAGAUUUCUGGAGGCUCUGGUACCUUUGCUUUCUCUUUCAUGGAAGGAAAUCUUGUCAAGGCUGUCCGCAACGGCGACUGGGUACUUCUUGACGAGAUUAACCUUGCUUCUCCCGAUACUCUUGAAAGUAUCGCUGAUCUCCUGACUGGUCCCGACGAGAAACCCUCUAUCCUGCUGUCAGAAACUGGUGAGAUCGAGAAGAUCGAGGCUCACCCCAAUUUUAGAAUUUUCGGUGCCAUGAAUCCUGCGACCGAUAUUGGAAAGCGGGAUCUGCCAGUUGGAAUCCGCUCCCGAUUCACCGAAGUUUACGUUUCUAGCCCAGACAAGGACAUCAAGGAUCUGCUCACAAUCAUCAAGACCUAUCUUGGUAGUAGCAGUAGCAAGAACGACCAAGCAGCAGAUGAUAUCGCGCGCCUCUAUCUUAAUACCAAACGGUUGGCGGAGGAGAAGAGGCUAGUUGAUGGAGCGAAUGAGGUACCUCACUUCAGUCUUCGUACCCUUACACGAGUUCUGAGCUAUGUGAAUACCAUUGCACCUUACUAUGGCUUGCGCAGGGCUCUCUAUGAGGGCUUUGCUAUGGGAUUUCUUACAUUACUUGACAGAGACUCGGAGCAAAUGCUUGUUCCCUUAAUAUCCCACCAUCUCUUUGAGAGCCACGGCAACCCCCAGUCACUACUUUCCCAAGCACCCAAGCACCCUAAUGACGGCAAGCAAUAUGUGCGUUUCAAAAACCAAAAUCGGGACAGACAAUACUGGCUUUUCCAGGGCAAUGAAACUCCCAUUGAGCGUAAAGACUACAUUAUUACCCCUUACGUGGAGCGUAACCUUCUGAAUCUCGUCCGCGCCACCUCAACUAGGCGAUUCCCUAUUCUUAUCCAAGGACCAACUUCCGCUGGAAAGACAAGUAUGAUCGAGUACCUGGCAAACUUCACUGGUAACAAGUUUGUGCGUAUCAACAACCACGAGCAUACCGACCUUCAGGAAUACCUUGGUACCUACAUCUCUGGGUCCGAUGGCAAACUCCGUUUUCAAGAGGGUAUUCUGGUUCAGGCAAUGCGUCAAGGCCACUGGAUUGUGCUUGAUGAACUGAACUUAGCCCCAACUGACGUCCUCGAGGCCCUGAACCGCCUUCUCGACGACAACAGAGAGCUUUUAAUCCCCGAAACCCAGGAGAUCGUAAAGCCUCACGAGAACUUUAUUCUGUUCGCCACGCAGAACCCUCCUGGUCUGUAUGGUGGAAGAAAGGUGCUCUCGAGAGCGUUCCGCAAUCGAUUCCUUGAAUUACAUUUUGACGAUAUACCCGAAGAUGAGUUGGAGACUAUUCUCACACAGCGAAGCCCGGAAACCUCCCCACCUGACUGUAAGAGAAUUGUUACUGUCUAUAAGGAACUCUCACGACUUCGUCAAACAAGCCGGCUGUUUGAGCAAAAAGACAGUUUUGCUACUCUUCGCGAUCUGUUCCGUUGGGCGUUGCGAAAGGGCGGUCUCCGUGAGCAAAUUGCUUCUGAUGGAUUUAUGCUGUUGGCCGAAAGAGUUCGUGAAGAGGAGGAGCGCACAGCUGUCAAGGAGGUGAUCGAAAAGGUUUUCAAGGUCAAAAUCAACCCCCAAGACCUGUAUUCCGCUACCAUGGCCCCUGAGCUGAAGGACUUUGUAAGCCACAAUAACAAUCAAGGUGUUGUAUGGACUCAUGCCAUGCGGCGACUCUAUGUUCUUGUCUCUCGAGCACUGCGCAACAACGAGCCUGUUCUGUUGGUGGGUGAGACAGGUUGUGGAAAAACCACAGUUGUUCAAUUGCUCGCUGAGGCAUUGAAAAAGGAGCUGCACAUCGUUAAUGCUCACCAAAACACCGAGACGGGCGAUUUGAUUGGUUCUCAGAGACCUGUUCGUAACCGAGGAGCCAUUAUCGAUGCCAUGGAUGUGGACUUGAAGUCAGUUUUACAAACUCUUGGAUUGGAUAUCUCUGGCUCGGUCGAAGAGCGCUUGGAGCGAUAUAAGGCAUUGGAUGCUUCAACCAUCAGCAACAUUCCGGAAGACGUUCGAGAGCGUAUCGGUGUCCAUGAAACACGAAGUAAAGCCUUGUUCGAAUGGGCGGAUGGAAGUCUAGUAGAGUCUAUGCGAGAAGGCCACUUCUUCCUUCUAGAUGAAAUCUCUCUAGCUGAUGACUCGGUCCUGGAGCGUCUUAACUCUGUGUUGGAACCUUCAAGAACCCUUCUUCUUGCUGAAAAGGGAAUUGAUAACUCGUUCGUCGUUGGAGCCGAGGGCUUCCAGUUCUUUGCCACCAUGAACCCUGGCGGCGAUUUUGGAAAGAAGGAACUAUCGCCUGCGUUGCGAAACAGAUUCACCGAGAUUUGGGUUCCAGCUUUAUCACAGAGUGAGGAUAUCUACGAGAUUGUCAAAACAAAGCUCAAGGGCGACUCUAAACAGCUGGUCGAGGUUGUUGUGAAGUUUGCUGCUUGGUUUGGUGACACUUUCAGGUCUAUGGCAUCAACGCCCUUCUCCGUCAGAGAGAUUCUGGUCUGGGUCCAGUUUAUCAACAACUUCCAUUCCAGCGACCCUGUUGUUUCACUGGUUCAUGGUGCUUCAACUAUCUUCAUUGACAGUCUCGGUGCCAAUCCCUCCGCUCUUCUGGCUACAGAUCCCAAGUCACUUGGUCAGCAACGACAGAAAUGUCUAGGUAAAUUGAGUGAGCUUAUUGGCAAGGAUGUUUCUAAUGUCUAUGAGACCCAUCCCGAGCUCUCUAUGGAUGACCGUUCUCUGACUAUCGGGCACUUCAGCAUCCCUCGUGCUUCCACAGGAGUUGCUGACCCUGGGUUUGCUUUCCAUGCACCUACUACCCGCUUGAACGCUAUGCGAGUCCUCCGAGCGCUGCAAAUGCAGAAGCCAAUUCUUCUCGAAGGAAGUCCUGGAGUAGGAAAAACCACUCUUGUGGCCGCCUUGUCCCAGGCAUGUGGCCAGCCUUUAACCCGAAUCAACCUUUCUGAUCAAACCGAUUUGAUGGAUUUGUUUGGUACUGAUGUCCCUGUUGAAGGAGCUGAGGCUGGCAACUUUGCUUGGAGAGAUGCGCCAUUCCUUCAAGCUAUGCAAAAGGGCGAAUGGGUGCUCCUUGACGAAAUGAACCUUGCUUCCCAAUCUGUCCUGGAAGGUUUGAACGCCUGUCUUGACCAUCGAGGUGAGGUUUAUAUCUCCGAGCUGGACCAAGUCUUCAAGCGCCACCCAGAUUUCCGUCUCUUUGCAGCUCAAAACCCGCAUCAUCAGGGUGGCGGCCGCAAAGGAUUGCCCGCUUCCUUUGUCAACCGUUUCAUCGUUGUUUACGCCGAUGUUUUCUCAGACGACGAUCUGAACUUGAUUGCCGCGCACAACUAUCCUAAGAUCUCACCCCAGGUGAUCAACCAAUUGAUCCAGUUCGUGUCCCAGCUCGACAACAAGCUUGCUAUCGAGAAGGCUUUUGGAAGUCAAGGCAGUCCUUGGGAAUUUAAUUUACGAGAUGUCCUUCGCUGGUUGAAACUUCUUGACUCUUCUGAUCCUCUCCUCCAGAACGCUCAUGUUGAUGACUUCCUUGACAUUAUUGUCCGACAGCGAUUCCGAACGCAACGGGAUCGCGAGGAAGUCAAGGAUCUUUUUACGUUGAUAUCUGGCUCCGCUCCACGACAGCAUAGCCUUUACCAUGAUAUCAAUUCUCUUUUCGGUCAAGUCGGUUUGGCCCUUCUUGACAGACAUCCCCAUUCUCAGCCAGAGCGACUCCCUAACAUCGACAUUGUUCCCAGACUGGCUGAGCUCGAGUCACUCAUGAUUUGCGUGAAGCAGAAUGUUCCUUGUAUUCUUAGCAGUCCUUCAGGCUACGGCAAGUCAGUUCUUCUAGAGCAUGUCGCAGCUCUGGCUGGAAAGUCGCUUGUCGUGUUCCCCAUGAACGCUGAUAUUGAUACUAUGGAUCUUGUUGGUGGCUUCGAACAGGCAGACCCUCUUCGAGAGGUUAAUGCUGCGCUCCGAGCCCUCCAGCAGGAUCUGCAGAACUCUAUUAUGUCGGUGGUACCAGCGGAUAUUCCAAACCAGGCGCUCCAACUGCUUCAUCUGCUUGAUAGGUUUACCGGUGAUGUUGAUUCACUUCCUGCUAUCACUGCAUGUGUCAAAGAACUGCUUCUGGAGGUCCCUACGAACUCCGACGUAGCCACAGCGCUUUCCAAGGCCCUUGUUCCUCUGCAACAUUCUUUAGUGUUGGAGAACCCUCGCUUCGAGUGGUUGGAUGGUGUUAUUGUUAAAGCGUUGCAAAUGGGCCAGUGGUUGGUUCUUGACAACGCUAACAUGUGUAACGCUUCCGUCCUGGAUCGACUGAACUCUCUUCUCGAACCAAAUGGGUUCUUGAGCAUCAACGAACACUGUGGACCUGGUGGAGAGCCUCGAAUCGUGCGCCCGCAUCCAGACUUUCGCAUUUUCUUGACCAUGGAUCCGCGAUACGGCGAACUCUCCCGUGCAAUGCGAAACCGUGCUGUAGAGAUUCAUAUUCACACGCCUCCUCCUGCCCUCGACUCCUCCUACAGCAGAGUUGUGAGUGUGGAGAGUACUUUGCAACGAUACAAUACAAGCAACCUGGCAGCUGACGCGACCACUGAUGAAUCAGUCCAGAUCGUCGAGCGCGCUCUUGAGACUCUUUCUAUAACUGACGUUGCUCUCCUUCCUCGAUUUGCCGACACUCUAUCUCAGAAUACGGCGAACAAAGAGGUGCUAAGGACUGGAGUUUCAGGAUUGCUUAAUUUCCUUCAUUCAAACAAUGGUGCUGACGGUGUCAAUGCCGUUUCAAGAUUGUACGCCUUGCUGAGCGUCCCUGAAGCACUCAAGUCCGCGCAGCCCUUGCACCCGCUCAACAACUUCCCCGUGGCUCAACUUUUGCCUUCACCUGACACUGGGCGAUGGCUUGGCGCGUGCUUAGAGUUCUACCAAGAUCUAUACCACUUGCACAACUCCAUUGAGGACCAGCGACACCAAGCUCAGUCUCAGAAAUUGAAUGCUCUCAACAGACUCCAAAGAUCACUUGUUAGCGCUCGUGUGGCAGCCGUGUCCAAGGACGCUACUGUGAAGUUGGCCUCGUUCCUGGAUUCGACGAUCAAUGCGGCUAAAGAGUGGCUUGCUUUCAAUUUCGAGUCCUCUGAAUCAUGGACGGAGCGCGUUGUUAUCUUGAGAGGUGUUCUCCGCUAUCUUGAGCGUACUGUGCGGCUCGCAACCGAACCCGAUUUUGACGAAGCCAAGUUUCAAGCACACCUUGCCCAAGGUGCUAACUUCUUCCAAAAGCAAUUGGAUAUAUCAAAUGGUGCCCAAGAGCGAGAAUUCGUUCUCAUUCUCAUCGAUCGACUUGGCAAGGACUUCACAGCCGGGUUUAAGUUGUCGACUGGUCUGAGUAUGGAGUUGCUUUGGCACAUUUUCCGCCCAACCCCUCUCCCUACGAAGCAACUUUUGGACCGAACACUGGAGCUCGAGAAGCUAGGCUCUCGCUUUGACACUUUGCGAUGGAAGGCGGGAGCAACAAUUACUGAUUUGGCAAAGGCUAUGAUAACUCUCGAGAAGGCCUCGGGAAUCAUUCGCAGUGAUGUUCCUAAUUUAGACACCCUUCUGGAAGCUCUUACUGCAGAGAUCGAGUCUUUAGAAGGCCGAAUCGGCACAGAUGAGGCUGAACGCAUGCCUUUCAUGGUCGAAGAGUUCGAAUCACUUCGUCAGGUGUCAAUGCUAAGUCCCAAUAGCCCAGACAACGCAGAGCUGCGAGUAUUAUCCAAUGUACCCACCCAGGCCGGAAUGAUGCUUGCCAGUUCUGAGCACCAGGCUGCAUUGCUUCAGUCAGUAGAAAAUCUGGUUUAUCAGAAUCAGUUCUCUUGGGACGGUAAACUUAUAACCUCGUUCUGGUCAAAGCUUCAAAGACUGGGAUCAGUCAACCUGGGAUCUUUGGCUCUCCUUGAAGCUGAGCUUCCGAUUGCUGGCCGACAGCUUGCAAUCCUAAGUGCCGACUUGAUGGAAAAUCCUUUAACAAGACUGAACAAUGUCCUUUCCAACCUUGCUCUCGAGGUUUUCACUGCUCACGGCCAGGGUCUGAAGGAGGUUGUUGUUGAAGCAGCACAGCUGGUUUCUCAGGAUCCUGCAAAUGGCUCACAGAUUUUCGAUGGCAUUGCAUCUUGCAUUGAACAAGAACAUUUCCGUCAGAUUGCCACAGAGCAUCUGAUUCCUGCUCUGAAGGCACUCGCUGCUUCGCAAAAAGAAACCCAAAACCAGGCCCAUCUGUCUGCUUUUGCCUGGAUUCACUUCAGCAUUGGAACUGUCAAGCUGUACGUCCCAGAUCGCGUUUUCGACCCUCAAAGUAGGCCUAAGAUGGAACGCGAAUUUCUUCAAGAAAUGCAUGCUCUUCUCAAGGAGCGAACUGACUCACUCCGCACGUUUGAGAAGCUCUUUACUGGACAAGAUACGAAUGAGCGCAUUCGCCUCCUUGAAGCAGAAGCCACCGCUUUAGGCCCCCUUCCGGAAGAGGUUCGACCAAUCUACAGACCCGAUCAGUCAGAGCUCAGUCGUCUACAUGCUGAGUUCUCUAACGUGCUGAAGGCUGUCACUGGUCCUACUCUGUCCUCGGCUCUUCAAAUCCUUGACAACGACCCAUCUCGAGCGGCUGAAGAGUUGCAGCUCGUGAAAGAGAAUGUUCUCCGACUUUUGGACCGCCUUGCUACUCGCUUCGAAGCUUACCAAGACAUGACACGACCUACGUCAAAUCUACUCCGCUGCCUCAUGAUUGGACUUUCGCUAUGCGAUGCUGCAUCAGCACGUAACCUGGCACCCGCUUCACAGCAAAUUCUCGACGUUACUCCUUUCCUUGGUGGAAGUAUGUGGAACCAGAAGGAUGGAGACUUCUCAUCUCGAACGUUUGAAUUCCUCAACUAUAUGUCAGUUGUGGCCAGUGUUGAAGGUUUCGAGCAAAUCGGUCCCCAUGCCCGCGAGAUGGUUUUCAAGAGCUUCCAUAGUUUGUUCGACGAGUGGACAAAGAGGCUUGAAGCAGACCGCAAGGAGCAAGCCGCCAAGGGUAGUCUCUAUCGUUUCCGAGGCUCCCAGGAGGAUGAAGAGGAAAUUGAUACCGAGGAGUUCAACGAGCUGUUCCCUACUUUCGAUGACGAAGAAGCCGCGAAUAUGCCUGUCGUCAAGAAGCAAGAUGAAGUGCGGGAUCAGUCUCUACGUGUGGCACAAAUGCACAAGAACCUUUUUCUCGCUCCACCUGACUUCUCUAUGGCUCUCAAAGAUGCUUCCAAAUCUGUGGGGGACAGAGUUACAUCAGAAACUAUCGACCACAAGAACAUUGACAGGAGCCUGGCGGGUAAAAUGUUGGCCGGCACUAUGUUCUUCCUUAACGACAAGCUUGAGUCACUGGUCUCACCCACUGUGGAUAAGUCUUACAACUUCUAUACAGAUGCCAACGUGCCUGAGGCUCGUCGACUUGUUGACCUCAUGCACAAGAUGAAGGCUCGUUUCCGGGAAUUGCAGAUGGUAGACGAAAUCGGACACAUGCAACCGUUGGCUGAUGUCAUUCAAGCUUGUGAUCAAGUCCUUGAACUUGUCCACACUGAGCCAUUAGCUAAAAUACUUCCGAAGGUUGAAUAUCUUCACGGUCACGUAUACGAAUGGCAGUUCGGAGGCUGGGCAAGCAAAAUCUAUGGUGUCCUUACUCUCCACAACCUCCUCACUGAUACAAUCAUCCGCUGGCGACGAUUGGAACUGUCAACCUGGGCCAAUCUCUUCGAUAUGGAGCAGAAGAAGUGCCAGGACGAUGCGUAUUCGUGGUGGUUUGUGGCAUACCAAGUUGUCAUUGCUGUCCCGUUAUCUUUGGUCGACGUCCCGAACGAAAUGGAAGAGUACGCUGCCUCUCUGAUUUCAAGUUUGGAAAUGUACUUCUCAACCGCAAUUGUUGGACAGUACGGAGCUCGUCUCGCUCUACUACGUCAACUCCAAAGUCAUCUUAAGCUCUUGGCCAAAGAUUACCCUGUCCUCGAAGCUGUCUUGCAUUCUCUGUGCAACUUUAUCCAGUAUUAUUCCCGUUAUGAGAAGAUUAUGGAUGAAGCCGUGCACAAGGGCCGUCUUCCUAUUGAGAAGAAGAUGAAGGAUGUUUUGCUUAUGGCAAGCUGGAAAGACACAAAUAUCAAUGCCCUUCGUGAAAGCGCUCGCAAGUCUCACCAGAAGCUUUUCCGUAUCAUUCGGAAGUUCCGUGGUGUCCUUGGCCAGGAGGCGAAGCAAAUCAUCGAGCAAGGCCUUCCUGACGAAGAAGUCAGUCGUGCAAGUCAUGUUGAGAAGAAGUCUGCUCCUACCAACGUUCCAGCCGACGUCUUCGCCAAGCUGAAUGAGACCAUGCCAGGGUGGAUUGAUGGCCACAAGCGACUUGCCAAUGUCUCCAAAACAGUCUCAGUCAUGCGUAAGAUCUCAGAGAGUCCUGAAAUAACAAGUGAUGUGCCGCAGACGAUCGACGACUUCGUUUCUAGCCUCAACGAGUCAAUGGUUGAGCUACGCAAGGAAACGCCACCUUUCUUGACCGACGAGAACAAGGACCAAGUCAAGCAUCUCAAGACGAGAAAGAGGAAACUGUUCGCUGAUACCUUACGCGACCUUCGUCAAAUGGGCCUCAAGUACAAUCUUGGUCAAGACAAGCUUGCUGAACAGGAGUCGCUUUCAGUUGUGUUGGCUUCCAUUCAGCCAGUGCAGCUUCCGGAGAAUACUUCCGACGCCAUGGAAUACCACUUACAUAAGAUCCUUGACCUUGUUCCCAAAGCUAGAGCGGCUUCUCGAGAUCAUUCUGAGGAUCUGACAAGUGCAGAGAUCGCGCGAAGUGUUGGUUUUGUUGAAGGAAUGCUGAACCUUCUUCUUGCCCAGAGAAACUUGAUUUCUACAGGAGGUUCGUCCCUGUCGCUUCUCAAGCGAUCGACAGCACAGUUCCAUCACUUGAGCCUUUCCCAGGAGCAUGGUGUUCUCGUCCGCAAGACAUGUGCAUCUGACUGGACACGUCUCCUUCCCUGGCUCGUGCAGAUUCUCAAGUAUGCUAUUCACCUGGUUGAAGUCCAUGAGAAAUUAGGGGAAACGAAGCACACAUCCGUUCUGGAGCACUUGAAGUCGUGGUAUGGGCGUUUCGAUUCCCUCAAGGCUUCCACCGCCGGUUUGGAGCAGCUCCCAGAGAGCGUUUCUUCUGAAGCAGCCGUUCGUGCCAAGGCGAAGUUUUCCGACGAAUUGACUAGCUUCCGCAGCAACCUGGAAGAGUUGAACAGGGACCAGCCGAUGCUCUCGUUUGUUUUCGUGCAAAUUGCAGGCUGGACUAGCAUUAGUGAGAAUGCCCUAGAGGUGGCAGACAAUAGCAUGGAGCUAGCCACGUUUGCAAACGCCAUCUCGACACUCGGUGACAAGAUUCUUGUUGCGAUUGAAGGCGCAAAGAAGGCCGCCAAAGAAAUCCCUCGUAAGGAGGACGAGCCUGGCUGGCUGACUAGCCACAGUGAGGGAUUCACGAAAUUGUUUACCAAGCUUCGUGUUAGUGAGGUCGAAAGGGCCGUGACUAGUUGCAUCAACAUGUUGCAACAUAUGCAACUCGAAGAUCAACAUCUCAGCAAGGCAGCCAUGAGCCUUAUGGCUGUCGCAAGUCCCAUUUUGGGCGAAUAUGUUGACUUCGCUCAGCAAAUCCUGAUGCAGGUCGUCGAUAUCCACAGUUCCAUCGCGCACAUGGCCUACAACAUGACCAAGACUUUUACUCAAAUCUCUUCUCAAGGAUUUUGCACGCCCCAGGAAAAGUCUGACGAGACGUCUGGUGACUCCGGCAAGGUGGAAUCUGGAACAGGCCUCGGUGAUGGUGAAGGUGCUGAAGACAUUAGCAAGGACAUCCAGCCCGAUGAAGACCUCUCUGAGCUUGCUCAAGAAGCCAAUAAGGAGGAGAGUGGCGAGAUGGAGGAUGAAAAGGAUGCAGUCGAUAUGGCAGACGAAGAGCUUGAAGGUGAUAUGAACAGUGUCGACGGUGCCGAAGAAGAUGAAGAAGGAUCGAAGAAUGGUGACGAAGAGGAGGAAGAAGAGAACGACAUGGACGAAGAGGCUGGAGAUGUUGAUGACCUUGAUCCCACUGCUGUCGAUGAAAAGAUGUGGGAUGGUGACGACGAAGAGAAGGCCGACAAAGACCAGCAGGGCGAGAAGGCCAAGGGUCAAAAGAAAGACGACGAGCAGAUGGCCGGAGACGAAGACGAAGACGCCCAGAAGCAAGACGGCGAAGAACAGCCAGAUGUCGACGAUUCUGGCGAACAAGACGCUGAGGAGGAAGAAGCUGGCGCUGAGGAGGAAGACGUUAAAAACCAGGAGGAAAUGAACAAGCAAGAGCAGACAGCGCAGGAGAACGAUACUCUGGCGCUGCCUGAGGAUAUGGAGUUGGACCUCGGCGACGAGCACGAGUCAGCAUCAGAUAGCGACGACUUGGACGAUUUAUCUGAUAUUGAAGAGGAGAAGAAGGAAGCUGAGGAUCAGGAGAUGGGCGAUAAUGAAGACGAAGACUCGGAAGAUGCUGCGGCCCAGGCCCAGCUUAAGGAGGAGGCAGGAGAAGAAGCUGAAAUCGAAGAGGAUGAAGAAACACCCGAGGAAAAGGCAGGCGGCAAGGAUGAGGUUGACGAGGAAGUUAAGCCAGAAGAAGAGGAGAAGGCCGAAGAACAGGAGGACGCCACGGACCAGAACCAGCCUCCUCAGGAUAACGCUACUACCGAUACCGACAACGCGGCGCCGAGCGAUGUCAAGACCUCUGGCCAAGACCAAAACGCGGACUCGAUGGACGUCGACGACAACUUCCAGAGCAAUGCCGCCCAACAAGAGGAUGGCGAGAUGGGAGAAGGCGCCGCUGACCAGGACACAAGCGCAGGCAACCAAGGGUCGACGUCGCAGUCAAAGGAGAUCAUGGACAGGGCCGAUCAAGAUCAAAACAAACCGGACUCGGCCCGUAGCGAUCCCUUCAAGAAACUUGGCGAUGCCCUUGAACGUUGGCAUCGACAGCAGGAAGAUAUCAAAGAUGCGGAGCCUUCUGAAGCGAACGAGCAAAACGCGCCACAGGAUCCAAGCGCCGAUCAAGGUCGUAAAGAAUUUCAGCAUCUUCAGGACGAUGAAACCGCCACAGAUACGCAAGCUAUGGGAACAGCAGAUGACGAACAGGUGCAGCCCAUCGACGAGUCCAUGGCUAUCGAUGAGGAGAAGCAAGAUCCCACAAGCCGCCUGAUGGACGAGGACAAGGAUGAGGCCGGACAAGAUCCUGACAAGAUGGACACCGCCGACACCGAGGCGCCAGAUACCAGCAAACAAGAUUCCGACAAGGACCAGGAUGACACUCGCUCAGGAGUCAAGACACGGCAAGGCAACUUUGACCGUGAGCUCAGUCCUUCUGAACAGGAGGCGCAAAUGCUGGAAGACCAAGAUGAGGCAGACAUUCAGGAGACAUCAACUCAGUUGUCUAUCACUCACCUAUCGGAUGAAGAACGUCCGCUCCGCGACUUUGGAGAGUCAAUGCAGCAGUGGACAGAGUUCCAGACCAAGACACACUCGCUUUCUUUGGCAUUGACAUCUCAGCUUCGACUCAUCCUUACUCCAUCGCAGUCAACAAAGCUUUCGGGUGCUUUCCGUACCGGUAAGCGACUCAACAUCAAGCGCAUUAUUCCGUAUAUUGCAUCGAGCUACAAGCGGGACAAGAUCUGGAUGCGCCGCAGUAUCCCGACUAAGCGAACCUACCAAAUCCUGCUGUGCGUGGACGAUAGUAAGAGUAUGGGAGAAACAUCAUCGGGUACUCUGGCGAUGGAAUCUCUUGUCAUGGUGUCUCGUUCACUCGCAAUGUUGGAGGCUGGACAAGUUGGUGUUAUGGGUUUCGGUAGCGAUGUUUUCACCGCUCAUGGUCUCACCGAGCCCUUUGCCUCGGAUGCUGGUGCCAAAAUCCUACAGAAGUUCAACUUCGGUCAAGAUCGCACCGACAUUGGUUUACUCAUUCAAAGAACCAUUGAAACUUUCAGAGUGGCACGACAGCAAGGCAGUGGCAACUCGGACCUCUGGCAACUCGCGCUGAUUCUCUCUGACGGUCUCACACCUUCAUCAGCCCACGAGGGUAUCCGAAGAAUGCUGCGAGAGGCCAUGGAAGAGCGAAUCAUGAUCGUCUUCAUCAUCAUGGACGACACGGGCAAGAAGAAGGGCGAUAGUGUACUUGAGCUCAAGGAAGCCAAGUUUGUUCGGGACGGCGGAGAGAGCAAAGUGGUGAUCGAGAGGUAUCUGGACACGUUCCCCUUCCAGUACUACUUGAUUGUCCACCAUCUGGAAGAGCUGCCAAGUGCUCUGGCUGGUCUGUUGCGAACCUGGUUUGCCGAGGUCAGCGCAUGA